GUUCAGCCAAAGGACAGACCAGCUGACCAAGACAAUGAGGCCAUGGCUAAUGCUAACAGCUCUCAUUGGAGUAGCCUUUUCUGUUCCUCUUCCGCCUCACCCGCAGCAUCCUGGGUAUGUGAACUUCAGUUAUGAGAUAUUAUCACCUUUGAAAUGGUACCAAUCUAUGAUGACACAUCAGUAUCCAAAUUACGGCUAUGAACCUGUGUCUGGCUGGCUUCAGAACCCAAUUAUACCAGCGCCACCUAUGAUGCCUCAGCAACAACAGAAUGCAGUUCCAAAACUGCCACCCCAUCACCCAUUGCUGAUACCUCAACAUCCACUUGUACCAGUGCCUGUUCAUCAUCCUGUAUUUCCUCUGAUACCCCAACAUACACAUCAGCUCAAACCCACAUAUCUGUCAAAUCCUGAUGGUCAGUAUCCAACAAAUACUCAGCCUGAUAACCAAAAUGGGAAGCCCAUAUUCCCAUUACAACCAAUGCCGCCACUUGUAGAAGAUAGACCACAGGAACCAUGGCAAGCAGCAGGAAAUACCAAGCAAGAGGAACUGGAUUAGAAGCCUUUGGAAAUUGAAGGGAAGAUUAUUCAGUCUCCUGCACUACUGCAGAAUAUUGUUUACUGUACUUUGUUUCCCAUUUUUAGCCUACCUUAUCUGCAUUUUAAUAAAAUCCAAACAAAAAAAAAACAAGAGGUAAUAAACAGCUUAAAUUGU